UACAGUGUCUGAGUGACUUGUCAUUUUUUGUUUCUAACUAAUGUUCUAACCCGUCGUCGGUUGCACUUUUAGGGUUAUUUUAUAAGAGUUCUUGAUUUCAUACAUAUUAUACCUUAUUUUAAUUGAAAUGUUCCUAACAAGAAGUGAAUAUGACCGAGGGGUUAAUACGUUCUCUCCUGAAGGACGUUUAUUCCAAGUGGAAUAUGCUAUUGAAGCCAUUAAAUUGGGUUCUACAGCUAUUGGAAUAUGCACCAGCGAAGGAGUCGUUUUAGCUGUUGAGAAACGUAUAACAUCCCCGUUGAUGGAACCUACUACAAUCGAGAAAAUAGUCGAAGUCGACAAGCACAUCGGUUGCGCAGUGUCUGGCCUUAUGGCAGAUUCUCGAACAAUGAUAGACAGAGCCCGUGUAGAAUGCCAGAACCAUUGGUUUGUCUACAAUGAGAACAUGAGUGUAGAGUCAUGCGCCCAAGGUGUGUCCAACUUGGCUAUUCAGUUUGGGGAUUCUGAUGAUGACGGAGCGGCUAUGUCUAGACCAUUUGGUGUUGCCAUUUUAUUCGCUGGUAUUGAUGAGAAGGGACCUCAGCUGUACCACAUGGACCCAUCUGGCACAUUUGUCCAAUUCGAUGCAAAAGCCAUUGGUUCUGGCUCCGAGGGGGCUCAGCAGAGUCUGCAAGAAGUGUAUCACCGCAGUAUGACACUGGAAGAAGCUAUGACUGCAGCCUUGACAAUUCUCAAACAAGUUAUGGAAGAAAAGUUGAACGCUUCGAAUGUUGAAGUUGCCACGAUGACUUCAAAAGAUUUAUUCCACAUGUUCACGAAAGAGCAAGUGGAAGAGGUGCUGAAAUGUAUGGAGAGGAAUGAACCAGAGCAUCAUCACAUCGGGGGUAUGGAGGCGGCUUCUGGUAAACGUAAUACUCCCACAAUGUCAUAAUACCUUAGAUUCAUAAUCGUUCUAUCACAUAUGUCUGUUUAUGUUUGUUUUCAGUUUAGUUUCCAGUUGAUUACACUUAGAUUUUAUAUUCAGUUUGUUUUGAUUAUCGACAAUGUAUGUGAAAUAAAAUACCUUUUCAGUGC